UCGACACAUGUAUGGCAAUAAACAUUGCGUACCUCGCCCGAUCCCGCUGUCCAUAAUUUUAUUAUGAUUACAGAAUUCACAGAUUCAUUUCAUUUAUUUACAACAAAGCCAUGGAGCUUCGCGGACGUGUCGCGCUACUGCUCAUUUGUCACUGCGUCCAGAUGGCUUCCGCAGUGGACGUCCCGAAAUUGGUACUGAACAAUGAUCGGGAGAUUCCCGCCAUCGCUUUGGGCACCUUUUUGGGAUUUGGCAAAGAAGGCGUAGUGAAAUCAGUAGAUAAAGAACUGCGCGAUGUUGUUAUGAAGGCUAUAGAUCUGGGAUACCGUCAUUUCGACACUGCUUCCGUAUAUGGCACAGAAAAAGAGAUAGGCGAAGCCGUACAGAUGAAGAUUUCUGACGGAGCCAUCACCAGGGAUGACGUGUUUAUCACCACUAAGCUAUGGAACACCCACCACAAGAGGGAGCAAGUGAUGCAAGCGUUAAAGGAAUCUCUGGAAAAUCUCGGCACCAACUAUGUCGAUUUGUAUUUAAUGCAUUGGCCGAUGGGACUGAAUGACGAUUAUUCCCAUUCCGAUGUGGAUUAUAUGGAGACCUGGCGAGGUAUGGAGGACGCCGUGAAGCUUGGACUGGCCAAGUCAAUCGGAUUGUCCAACUUCAAUAAAGAACAAGUGGAGAGAGUGAUCAAAGAAGGGGACAUUAAACCAGCUGUUUUGCAAAUUGAGGUCCAUCUUCAAAUAGUUCAAGCCGAGUUGGUGUCUUACGCCCAGUCUCAAGGUGUAAUCGUUAUGGGCUAUAGCCCAUUUGGAUCUCUUGUGACUAGGUUCGGAGAGACCAAACCCGGUCCGAAGAUCGACGACCCUACCCUGAUGAAGAUAGCCCAGAAGUACGGGAAGACUACUCCACAGGUUGUGCUGAGAUGGCUGGUGGACAGGAAAAUUAUACCUAUCCCGAAGACGGUCAAUCCAAAGAGGCUGAAGGAGAACAUAGAGCUGUUUGAUUUCCACUUGGACGACGACGAGAUCGAGCUCAUCAACGGGUUCGAUCAACACGUCCGUUACACGCUGCCGUCGUUCUGGCAAAAUCACACUUAUUAUCCGUUCGAGAAGGUCGAUAAUCCCAUAGCAGAUCCUUUUGUUAACAAAAUGUAAAAUUCAAUACUUUUAAAAUUUAUUAAACAGAGCCAUCUAUUGGCGAUCUAAGCAGAAA